GGGCAAGUGUGGUGGGGCGCAGAUGAGGUCCGCUCUGAAACUCCGCUCCAUAGGAAGGAAGCGCAGCUGCGGAAAGUAGAAUGAUACUUUUAGUUGUGAGCGCAGGAGAAGAACGUGGAGAUCAUGGAGUCCGUCACCGCCGUGUCAGUGAACCAGUCGCAGCCGCGCAACACCUCAGGUUACAGCGACUCGGAGGCGCUGCUGUUGGGCGCGGCCAUGGCUCUUCUGGUGUUUGCCAUCGUCUUUGGUAAUGUGCUGGUAAUUACAGCCAUCCUACGCUUCCGGCGGCUCCAAACAGUCACCAACCUCUUCAUCGCCUCGCUGGCCGCCGCUGACCUCAUCAUGGGCGUCGCCGUGGUCCCGUUUGGCUCCAGCCACAUCCUGCUGGGAUACUGGCGCUUUGGGAACGUCAUGUGUGAAUUCUGGACGGCCACGGACGUGAUGUGCGUCACGGCCAGCAUUGGGACGCUGUGCGUGAUAGCUCUGGACCGCUACCUCGCCAUCACCUCGCCGCUGCGCUACCCGAGUCUCCUCACCAGGGGCCGGGCCUUCGCGGUGAUCCUCGGGGUCUGGUUGGUGGCCUCCCUCAUCUCCUUCCUGCCGGUGCACCUGAGGCUGUGGGUCUCCACGGACGACAAGGCUCAGAAGUGUUUGCUCAACGACGAGUGCUGCGACUUCAACACAAACGCCGCGUACGCCGUCACCUCCUCCAUCGUGUCCUUCUACCUGCCUCUGGUGGUGAUGAUCUUCCUCUACAGCCGGGUCUUCCAGGAGGCUCAGAAGCAGCUGGAAAAGAUCCGAGGCCAGGAGCGGCACCUUUAUAACUUGAAGUGCUCGGCUCAGCUGCCGUGCCCGGAAGACAGCCCGGCCCUGAAUGAGCUGAGGCCCGGGGAGGAGGCGGGGGAGGACAGGGAGAGCUUGCAGAGGACCGCGGAGACGGACGCCAGCAGGGAGGAGCGAGGCGUGAAGCACUCUGCCGCCAAGCGUCUGAGGUUCUGCCUGAAGGAGCAGAAGGCUGUGAAGACCUUGGGGAUCAUCAUGGGUACCUUCACGCUCUGUUGGCUUCCCUUCUUCAUCAUCAACAUCAUAAUCACGUUCCUCAAGCUGGACAACAUCAAGACCCCCUUCAGGCUCCUCAACUGGCUGGGCUACUCCAACUCGGCCUUCAACCCGCUCAUCUACUGCCGCAGCCGGGACUUCAGGAACGCCUUCCAGGAGAUCUUGUGCCUGAGGAGCAGGAGAGGGAGGGCGGGCUGUUCGUGGUGCCGCGACAACAGAGACCCCUACUCCUCCAAGCCUCCCUGCAGGACAAACGGGAGCGCGGAGCACAACGGCGUGAGGCCGGCGGCCGCUAAAGCCAGGUGGCUGAACACCCUGGAAAGCUCCCUGCAGGGCAGUUCGGUCUCUCUGGCGCCUCCUGUUUCUAACUUUUUAGAAGUGGCUCCGGGCUCCUUGAAGAACAUCCAGAAUAAUGACUCUGUGAGCGGAAGCUUCUCCUCAGUCGCCUGACCAAACAGCGUUUUAAAUGUAGGCACUGAUCCGCUUGUCUUUGGUUUCAGUCUGCAACACUGGAUUUACAUGCUUCACUUGAUGUUUACAUUCUGCUUGAUUUUACGCUUGGAAUGUGCCAGUGUUUUCCUCUGCAACAGGGUCUUCGACAGCAGUUUACAUGGAUAUUGUUAUUAUUCAGACAUCCAGAGACACAACAUAACCAGUCUUCUCCAUCUGAGUCAGAUCCACUCAAGUCAAAGCAGCAUUUGUGAAAGGCCAUUUAUGGAAUUCUGGCUCCAAUUUGUUUGUCGACAGGAUGCCUCAUAUCGAGCAUCAUUACCAGAAGGUCACGAAAGAUAAGCCUCAUCGCCCGCCAGCGUCCGUUACUAUAUCAUUUCUUUAUCAUAAUGUCUGGGCUGUGACCCCAGAGCGAGUUUCAGUCAAACCAAACCAAACCAGCAGUUGCUUCAUCUUGGAGUUACCUGGAUGCGACUCCAGUUCUACGAGUUGCAGGGAGUUCUUCUCCCCACUGCUGACCUUCAAAUGGGACGGUAAUAGAGGGCCCCCCCUUACCCCCUUCCCAGUUGGGCAGAGAGUACAGGCCGUGUUUGGAGAGACACCCCCUGUUCUCAGUGACCAAUGGUGUCAGAGGUGGGAUGCUACUGAAGCUGUGCCAGUGCAGCCGGGGUGUUGCAUCAUGACUGACUGUUUCUAAUGAAGUGCAGGCUCCGAUUUUAGUGGUGUGAAAAUAUGAUGCCAAAUUUAGCCAAUGAGUAAAGCAGUAAAUAUUAUAUAGGCUCUUAAAAAUGUGACUCAGCUUGAAGAACACCGGAUCAGUUCCAGUUCCACUUCUGGUAAUCUGAUGUUUAUGGUGACGUGAUCUGGCAAAAACACAGGGAAAAGUUGAUUUUUAUUUGGAUAUUUUAGCUCUAUCAGGCGAUCAAAGCUAGAAGUGAGCUGGUGUUCCUUAAAUGGGAAUGUAUGGAAAAGCGCCUCCAGCCUUCCCACGAGCGUCGGUCACAUCUGAUGGCGAAGAUACGGUUUGUGUACAUUCUACUGCCCCAAUCACGCGUCUUUGUGUGGCUGUUAUCGCUGCGUGGCCCUGUGAUAUACAGUGGUCGCGCAGCGCCACAAAGUCAGUGUUGUGGAACGGACUUUUCCUGACUCAGAGCCCAACAGUUGGUUGUUAUUAGUGUGGGAUUUGAACCCUUUGUUUACAUCUUAGUGCAUCAUUUACUCACAUACUAGGCGUCCAACUCGCCGACGGCGGUUUGGAGGGCAGCGCGCACGCUGGCGACGGGACAUGUUACCCACAGGGACGGCUGUCGUCCAGAAAAUUAGGGCAAAUCAGUCAGAAGUCAAAACACGAGGCAUUCCAAAAGCACUUCACCGCCAAGUGUGUUUCAGUCUCGGCAAAUACGGUGCUAACUGGCUGGGUUUGCUCCAGAUGAUGUUCUCAUUCCUCCUGUGAUCCCACCUCUCCCAAAAUGUUCUGUUUGUGUAGCAGAUUCAACUCCAACACUUCCAGAAAGCUCCGCUCAGACCAGUUUAUUUUUCAUGCGCUGGGAACUUGUGCUGUACAGUGGAGGUGAUGACAACUGUGGUCCGCAAAACGCCAGCUGUCAGAAGACAUGGCGCCUUCAAGAACCUGCGUCCGUUCUGUUCUACAAGAGAGCUUCUGCCUGGUGUGAAGGUUGUUGGUUCAAUCCCAGCUCCAGAUGUGUUUGUGAGCUAGACACUUGACCCUUCUCCGGUUCCCCCGCCUGUCGCCCCGAGGAGCUGGGACAGUGCAAACAAGCAGUUAAAAAAGAAUGAAGAAGCUUCAGUGUGUUCAGUGUCAGCGAGUUAUUCACGUGUGCGUUCGUCUUCCCUCCGUAAACAUGACUGUACAUGUGACUCGGUCCCUUUCAGUCAUCAAUGUUUCUGGAGAGACGCUAUUUUCCAACCAGCUGUGCUCUGAAAUAUUUUCUACCUCCUCUGAAUGUUGCCAUGUAAAUAUUUAUUCUGUUGUAUUAGUUGUGAUUAAAGGGGUCUGGGAUUGUCUGCUGUCGCUAUGUGCGUGUGCAGGUAGGUGUGUGUUUAGACCGAGCGCUAACAUGGUCGGAAAGUCAAGGAAAUAAACGCAUCGUGGACGUACCAGUGAUGGUCUGCUUUGUGCAUCUCCAGUCAGUUAUUACAAAUGAAUAUAACUGGCAGGAAAAAACACCGUGAUCAUAUGAAUGACUGAAACGGUUUUGGGCCGUGGGGGAUGUUUUUGGUGCGGGACAUGUGGCUGCAUAUAUUUUCCAAUGACUAAUGAGGAAAAGUAAAUACUGAGCACAGGACUUCUUUCUCAAUCCCAACACAAAAUGCAGGAUUGUGUCUUUUUGGAUUCAGACACACAACAGAGCAAACGUUGCGUCGGUCCUUCCUUAAACAGUCACAAGACAGAAACCAGCUCACAACACUGUGGUUCAGGGAUUUACGACGGUGAGACACUGAAAUUGUACACAGCAAACUGCAUGAACUCGGACUGAAGGAGUGUGAAGCAUGUUACUUAAA